AAGAACCAGUGUGGAUAUGGAGUUUAUUAGUGAUCUACCGGAUUCAAUUUUGAGUCACAUUCUCUCUUUUCUUCCUACCAAAGAUGCUAUGAAGACGAGCUUUUUAAGCAAGAGAUGGGAAUCUUUAUGGACUUCUGUUCCACUUAUUGAUUUAGACGAGAGAUUGUUUAUCCGACGUCGUCUCGAGUUGAAGCAUAAUCUCUAUGGAGUUAAUUUUCAGGAGCAGAAGAAAUUUGCUGAUUUUGUUGAAAGGUUUAUUGCAUUUCAUGGAUCCUUGAAUGUACAGGAGCUUCGGCUACGGUUCGAUAUUGGAAGGUAUCUCAAGUUUUCUUCUCGUGCCGAAAGGUGGGUUCGUACUGUGAUGACUAGUGAUGCUAAGAUAAUUGAUAUAGAUUUCUCUGGUAAAACCUUGGAUUGGUCAGAUUUGGAUAAAAAUAUGUACAUUUUGCCUCCGUGUGGUUUCCCAUCCAGAUCAUUGACGAUUUUAAGAUUAAGAUUUUGUGAGUUUAUAUACUUGCAGAACACUAGCUUUGUGUCUCUGCAAACCCUAGUUUUGACAGCGGUAAAAGUAUCUAAUUCCUCAGUUAAUGCUCUGAUAUGUUCUUCUCCAUGCCUAGAAAAAUUGCAUCUUGAGUGCUGCUAUGUUCCCGUGUAUUUUCUAGUUGAAGCUCCUGUAUCACAUCUCAAGUGCAUGGUGGUUAAUAACUGUGUUACUCCAGGACGUAAAUUCAUUGAACAUUUCUCUUUAAGUAUUCCAAGCCUUCAGAGCUUUAAGUUUAAGGGGAUUAUAAAUGACUUCUCUGUGAAGAACUUGUGGAAUCUGAUUGAAGUUGAGAUUGAAGAGCAAAAUGUGUACAAUGGGUUUCAAAAUCAUGAAUACCGCAUGGUAUGUAAGCUAUUCAAUGAGCUUCGUCAUGUCCAGUUUCUAACACUAACUAACUGGUUUCUCGAGGUUUUUGACGAUGAGCAACAAAGUGAUGAUGACCUGGUGAUCAAUUUAAACAAUCUAAAGCAUUUAAACCUGAAGAUGUGGUUAGCAAGUGUUGAACUCUGGGGUCUAGCUACAUUGUUGAGCCUCUCAUGUAAUUUGGAGACACUAUCUAUAGACAUUGGUGAGCCGGGAGAUACGGAUGCUUCAGACAUGUUAGUUAUGUCAAUUCUCGAAGAAGAUACUUUCUGGGAAGAACUGACAAUGCCUUUUAAUUUUUUCCUUCAUCUGAAAAAGGUUGAGAUCAAGGGCUUUGAGGGGCGAGGCAAUGAAAUAGAAUUUGUAAAAUUUUUGCUAAAAAAUUCAGGAGUUUUGGAGAAGAUGUUUAUUUCUAAUGCGGAUUUGACAGCAAGAUAUGGAAAGUAUAUGAACCAAGGCUACAAGGAAAUACUGGAAAAGUUACAAGCGCAACAGAAUUCCAGUCAAAACUUUUUGGUUCUUCCAAAAGCUUCACCUUGUGUUGAAAUAGUACUCUCAUGAGACAGAUUUCCACAGAUGCCAUUUUUGUUCCAAGUUGCCUAGUCCUUGAAUCUUUCUUAGAUUUCCUAUUUUCCUUUUCUUCUUCCACCCCCCC